UGUAGGAAAAACGAAGAUGGAGACACUACUGUCGUCAUUGUUGAAAAGGACCAAUUCAUGGAUGAUUUCUUCCAUCAGGUGGAGGAGAUUCGAAGCAGCAUAGCCAGGAUUGCCCAGCACGUGGAAGAUGUGAAGAAGAACCACAGCAUCAUCCUUUCUGCCCCAAACCCAGAAGGAAAAAUAAAAGAAGAUCUGGAAGACCUGAACAAAGAGAUCAAGAAAACUGCUAACCGUAUCCGAGGCAAGCUGAAGUCUAUUGAGCAAAGUUGUGAUCAGGACGAGAGUGGGAACCGCACUUCAGUGGACCUGCGGAUACGGAGGACCCAGCAUUCGGUGCUCUCCCGGAAGUUUGUGGAAGUCAUGACAGAAUACAAUGAAGCACAGAUUCUGUUUCGGGAGCGAAGCAAAGGCCGCAUCCAGCGCCAGCUAGAGAUCACUGGGAGGACUACCACUGAUGAUGAGCUGGAGGAGAUGCUGGAGAGCGGGAAGCCGUCCAUCUUCAUCUCGGAUAUUAUAUCAGAUUCACAAAUUACUAGGCAAGCUCUCAACGAGAUCGAGUCACGUCACAAAGACAUCAUGAAGCUGGAGACCAGCAUCCGAGAACUGCACGAGAUGUUUAUGGAUAUGGCCAUGUUCGUGGAGACCCAGGGUGAAAUGGUCAACAACAUCGAGAGAAAUGUGAUGAAUGCUGCAGACUAUGUUGAACAUGCCAAGGAGGAAACCAAGAAAGCCAUCAAAUAUCAGAGUAAAGCCAGGCGGAAAAAGUGGAUAAUUGCUGCUGUGGUGGUGACUGUCAUUGCUGUCCUGGCUCUAAUCAUUGGCUUGUCGGUUGGCAAAUGAUUGCGUAGAUGGCGCUGGGUGCUUGCCUCUCCCUCAGGGUGGCAAAGGUGAUGUUCGUCCUCAUUUGUGUAGCCACUUUGCUUGUGAUCCUUGGAAUUAUCCUAGCAACAGCAUUGUCAUAGCAACCACACCUCAAGAGCUCUUUGUCCUCAGAGAAUCCGACCACACCUGCAACAGAGUCAGUGUCCUGUCCUUCCACUUGUAAUCUCAGACCCCGGGGCUAGUGCCGAGUGCCAAGUGCCGAGUGCCGAGGUUUGUAUUGGUGAUGAAGAAUAAAGCGCCACAGAGGUUUCAUACCGUGAAGACACCAGGAGCCGAGUGGAUGCAGCAUGCCAGCCCAGAUGACCUUGGUCUCUGAAGGAUGCCAGAGAUUUCACAAUGGUGGCCUUGUCUCAGUAGCCUUGACAUAGAAAUGAUUGAAAAAUCCAACCUUUUUUUUUUUUUUUAAAAAAAAAAAAAAAGAUGUCAGUGUUAAAAAUGUGUGUGCAGUUUAAUUAGGUGUGCUCUGUGCUCUCUCGGCUGACAGUGAUAAUGAAGAGACUUUGCACCGGGCCUGAUUUCUGUCCAUGUCUUGCUUGCAGAAUCACCACAGAACUGUUUUGUAAGGUAUCUGUAAUUUUAAAUAGCUAUAAAUUAAAUUCCUUAAUAUAUUAACACCGAACCCCCCUUUUCUAAGCUAGACACUGCCUUGAGAAGGACAAUGGACAGGCCCUAGGCAGCCAUGUACAGGUUGCUGUUGUCACUGAAAACCUGGUCUCGAAGCCCUCAGGGCCUUUCUUGAGGGCUUUCUGGUGACCCUGCCCUAGGAAGUGUAAGGGUCUGAAGAAGUCUGGAUUGUCACUAGCUCACUUCUACCUGCUUCAUUAUGGAGGUGACACACAGUCGUGUGCCACACUUACGUCGACCUCUUCUCCAUUCACUGGUGCUGCUGGAGUCUUAAGGAAAGACAAUGAUGGAACCAAGACUGUGCUCACUGAACUCAUAUGAACGACUAGUUCAGUCACGAAGCCAUGUUGGACAGCAUCUGAAGGACCAGAGUCUCAGCUGAACCCCCACUAAUGCCCAGGGUUCCUGAGAAACUGUGAUAGGUGGUAUGAAGAUGUGGGCUGUUUUACACUGGUGAGUAGGUGGCCCAGUGAUGGCCUAUCUGUAUGCUGACAUGCUGACUGAGUAUGUGCAGGACACCAAGCCUAGUGGACUCCACUGACUGCUGACUGUGUCUGUGGGUGCUCACUCUGUCACAACCUCAUUUGGUUGGAUUUGAUGUAGCUGUGCUGAUUCAGAACACCAAGUGUGAGAGAUCCUGAACUAUUUAGAAACCACCAACCCCUACAGUGGUGAGUAUCACUCAUUCACCUCCUCACACCUCCCAGCCUGACACCCCAUGUGCUGAGAGCUACUGCAGGAGGCUGGGCUGUGUGUCCUGGUCUAGAGCUAGCCUGUAGUGGGGACACUCCUGCCUAGAAACUCCUACAUCCUGCCUGGAAGCUCCCACUUCCUGCCUGAAAGCUUCCAGAAAGCUCUGAAGAUGGAGCUGUGUUUGUGCAGCUCCCACCCUCUGCGUCAGUGCCACCAAAUUUAGCUGCAGAGGACCUGCAUGUCACUGAGGUUCCUGAACUCAUGGCCAGGUUUCCUUCAAGUUCAGCCUGAGUCCUUGGCCUGUGAUAUGCUCCUCACUUUGUGCUCAGGUGGCCUCUUCACCAAGCGGGUGCCUGAAUGUGGCUUUCUGGUGAAGCAGGGGUGUGUGGGUGAGUCAGCCCUCAGGAUAUAUUUCUAUGCUGACGUCAUAGCCUCUUUCAAAAUUUACAGAUUGUGUUGUUACUUUUCCCAACGAUUUCUUCAGAAAUUUUGUGUUUACAUUAAAAAGUUCUCCAAGAAGCAAA